AUGGCUGACCAACUGACCGAAGAGCAGACUGCAGAAUUCAAAGACGCCUUCUCACCCUUUGACAAGGAUGGCGAUGGGACUAUAACAGCAAAGGAGCUGGGGUCUGUGGUGAGGUCUCUGGGGCAGAACCCUACAGAAGCAGAGCUUCAGGACAUGACUAAUGAAGCAGAUGCAGAUGGUAAUGGCACAAUUGACGUCCCUGAAUUUCUGACAAGGAUGGCAAGAACAAUGAAAGAUACAGACAGCGAAGAGGAAAUUAGAGAGGCAUUCCACGUGUUUGAUAAGGAUGGCAAUGGCUAUAUCAGUGCAGCAGAGCUCCGCCAUGUGAUGACAAACUGUGGAGAGAAGCUAACAGAUGAAGAGGUGGAUGAGAUGAUCAGGGAAGCAGACAUCGAUGGGGACGGUCAGGUAAACUAUGAAGGGUUUGUACAAAUGAUGGCAGCAAAGUGAAGACAUUGUACAGAA